AUGCCACCGCCGUAUGAAACCUCUUUCUUAGCAGCUCUCAUACAGAAAUGCACCUCCAUAACCUCACUGAAACAAGCGCGGCAACUCCACGCUCUCUUCCUCACCACCACAGCUAUUGGCUCGUACUCGCCAUACCCGUACAACAAUGUCAUAUCUAUGUACUCACGGUGCGGUUCACUCGAAGAUUCCCAGAAGGUGUUUGAUAAAAUGCCUCAAAGAAAUCAUGUUUCUUUCAAUGCGCUCAUUGCGGCCUAUUCCCGAGAUUCAAGAAGUGCACUUUUGGCCUUUGAACUACUUAACAAAAUGGGAAGUGAAUGCCUUAGGCCAAAUGCUUCAACUUUCACAAGCUUACUACAAGCGUCUUAUACUCUUGAGGAUUGGUUGGUUGGCUCUUUGGUUCAUGCCAAGGUUGUGAAAUUUGGUUUCUCGAAUGAUUUAUGUGUUCAAACUGCUCUUCUUGGGAUGUACUCCAACUGUGGAGAUUUGGAAUCUGCGAGGAAAGUUUUUGGGUGGAUAGUUGAUAAAGAUGUUGUGGCUUGGAAUUCUAUGAUUUUUGGGAACUUGAAGAAUGAUGAGACCAAGGAAGGGCUUCAUCUCUUUGAUGGCAUGCUGAGGAGUGGAGUUGUUCCUAGUCAAUUCACAUAUUCAAUGGUUUUGAAUAUGUGUAGCCGAUUAAGAUAUUUUUGUCUGGGGAAACUCAUACAUGCCCGAGUCAUAGUUUCAAGCACACUAACUGAUUUAACUUUGCAGAAUUCCCUGCUUGACAUGUAUUGCAAUUCUGGUGACACCCGAGUAGCAUUUAGUGUGUUCAGUGAAAUGUACAACCCAGAUUUGGUGUCAUGGAACACGAUGAUUUCUGGGUAUUCGGAACAUGGGGAUGGAGAGCAGGCCAUGAAUUUGUUUGCUCAGUUGAAGAAAAUUUCUCUUCUCAAACCAGAUGAGUAUACUUUUGCAGCCAUCAUAUCUGCAACAGGAACAUACCUAGCUUCCGACUAUGGUAAAUCUCUUCAUGGGCAAGUCACAAAAGCAGGAUUUGAGAAAAGUGUUUUUGUAGGAACUACACUUGUGUCUAUGUAUUUCAAAAAUAGUGAAACUGAUGAUGCUCAGAAGAUGUUCUAUUCCAUUUUGGAUAAAGAUGUCGUUCUCUGGACUGAGAUGAUCAUGGGUUUUUCGAGAUUGGCUGAUGGGGAGAGUGCAAUUAAGUUCUUUUCUGAAAUGUGCCAAGCAGGCCAUAAGAUUGACAGCUUUUCUCUCAGUGGAGCUUUGAGUGCUUGUUCCGACCUUGCCAUGUUAAAACAAGGUGAGAUGAUUCACCCUCAGGCUGUAAAAACAGGGUACGAUGUUGAAAUGUCUGUCUGUGGGAGUCUGGUGGAUAUGUAUUCGAAAAAUGGUAGCCUUCAAGCUGCUUAUUCCAUAUUUUCCCAAGUUUCAGACCCUGAUUUGAAAUGCUGGAACUCAAUGCUUGGGGGAUAUAGUCACCAUGGCAUGGCAGAGGAAGCAUUGAAGAUGUUUUUUGAGAUAGAAAAACAUGGUCUCAGACCAGACCAAGUAACAUUUCUGUCUGUGCUCUCAGCUUGCAACCACAGUGGUUUGGUUGAAGUAGGAAAGUUCUUGUGGAAAUGUAUGAAGGAAAACGGUAUCACACCUGGGCUUAAGCACUACUCUUCCAUGGUAAGUUUGCUAGGUCGAGCUCGAUUAUUAGAUGAGGCAGAGGAGCUUAUUAACAGUUCACCAUUUAAGGAAGAUAAUCUUGAACUGUGGAGAACUUUGCUAAGCUCGUGUGUCAUCAAUAAAAAUUUGAAAGUAGGAGUUCAUGCAGCAGAGCAGGUUCUAAGUUUAGAUGCAGAAGACAGUGCAACACUUGUCCUGCUGUCUAAUCUCUAUGCUGCUGCAGGAAAAUGGGGUAGUGUGGUAGAAAUGAGGAGAAAGAUUAAAGUACUGACGUUGGAAAAGGAUCCUGGACUAAGCUGGAUUGAGGAUAAGAAUAAUGUUCAGGUAUUUUGUUCAGGUGUUCAAUCAGAACAAGAGGUAGGUGAAGCCCAAGCUGCACUGCAUUGGCUACAAGGAAACAUGGUAAGAUCACAAACAGAUGAAUCUGAUGAACAGAUGUAUACUACAUAA